CUGUUCCCACCAUAUUGCCAUCGAUGUGUCAUUUUUAAAGUGAAUUCAAAGUGCGGUCUGAAAAAAUUUCAAUUUAUUGUUUGUUGUUUAUUAAAAUAUUUAAUAUUUGCACGGCAAAUAAUUUAAUUUUACUGCAAUAAAAACAAUCUUCAUUAUUCGGAGUGUGUGAAUUUAGCAUUUAGCUCCUUAAAAACUACCACAGAACAAACAAACAAAAAAACAACUCAAAAUGUCCAGCCUACCACGUCGCAUCAUCAAAGAAACCCAACGUCUUAUGCAAGAGCCAGUUCCCGGAAUCAAUGCAAUCCCAGAUGAAAACAACGCCAGAUAUUUCCAUGUCAUUGUGACCGGACCAAAUGACUCGCCUUUUGAGGGUGGUGUCUUCAAAUUGGAACUCUUCCUACCGGAAGACUAUCCAAUGUCAGCACCUAAAGUUCGCUUCAUUACAAAGAUCUACCAUCCGAAUAUCGAUCGUUUGGGACGCAUUUGUUUGGAUGUUCUCAAAGACAAAUGGAGUCCAGCAUUGCAAAUCCGAACCAUAUUAUUGUCAAUUCAGGCGCUCCUCAGCGCCCCCAAUCCAGAUGAUCCCUUGGCUAACGAUGUCGCUGAACUGUGGAAGGUGAACGAGGCCGAGGCCAUUAGAAAUGCCCGUGAAUGGACCCAGAAGUAUGCCGUAGAAGACUGAGCUGAGUUCUGAGCUGCGGCUGCCGCCAAAAAGCGCGGUUUCAGUGCAAAAUUCGAUAAUUAAGAAAUAAAACAAAAAUUAUUAAAAAAAUAAAUUAUAAACAAAAAUCAUCAUCUUGAGAGAAGAGGAGAGAUAUACAUCAAUUAAUAAUAAUUACAAAAUAAAAUACAUAUUUUUUAUCGUU